GGCGACGAGGGUAACUGGCGACUGUUGACGGGUGACGGGUGGCGGUGUUCGGAUCUGCUCGGAUCAUCGUCGGUACGGCGCGCGGAAGGAUGCUUUUCUGGACCAAGUGAAUGCGCGAGUGCCCAGAAGUACGAAAACUUUCGCGGUGCAUAUUAAUUGAAAAGCUCCUUUUAUCGUGGAACAUACGUGUUAAGCUGUCUUCUCCUUUCCGUACACUUCGAGAUACUUGUCAGUGGUUCCACAAUUUCGCGAUUUGUUUUUUAUCUUUGAAACGUUCAGUUAACUGAAACUGACAUCGUCGAUGUUCACUGAAAACUCUACGAAUCUCUUAUCGAUACUCGCAAGACGGUACCCGUCAGAAUUUUGCGACGACGGCGACGACGACGACGUCGUCGUCGAGUUACAGUCGCAUCUUCUAUCACGGAUGAUUAAGCAACGGCACUUGUCAAGGUAAGGUGGUUCCCGAGGUGCGCCUAAUGCUUAGGAGAUUCUCGAUGAGGCUUACGUCGACGUCGUCGUCGCCGUCGUCGCCGUCGUCGUCGCCGCCGUUGUUUUCACCGUCGCUGAUAUCGUUACCACCGCAUCUAUCAUCUUCACCGCCGCUGUUAUCAUCGUCCUCGUCGUCGUGGUCGUCGCCGUCGUCAUUGCUGGUAGCAAGGCUGCUGUCGUCAACGCCGUCACCGCCGUCAUCGCCCUGUUCUCAAUUGCCACUGUCAACGACGUGGUUUUCGUUACAGCAGUCGUCAUUGUCGUCAUCUUCAUUGUGGUUAUCAACGUCCUCGUGCUUGUUAUUGUUGCCAUUGGCAUAAUCAGCCUGGAUCACUUUCUCCUAUACUAGUGCACUUGUACUAGGAGAUAAUAUUAAUUCUAUACAAAUCUGCUUGUAAUAUCCUUCAGGCAGUAUGGCAGGUAACAAGACAACAGGUAGUCCUUUGCAAUUUAGGCCUGUCGAGGUCUCUAAACAGUUGCAAAAUGGAGAAAAAUUUCUUAAAUGGGACGAGGACUCUGGUAUAGCAACUCCUGUGACAUUAAGGGUAGACAAGUUUGGAUUUUAUUUGCAUUGGGUGGAUCAACAUAACGAGAUGGAAAUGUUGGAUAUUGCUAUAAUAAGAGAUACCCGCACUGGAAAAUAUGCUAAAGUACCAAAGGAUCCUAAACUGAAAUCUAUUGUGACAGUGGGCUUUCAAGAUUCAUUGGAGGAAAAGACAGUGACGAUUUGUUAUGGAUCUGAUUUUGUCAAUAUGAAUUUUAUUAACUUUUGUACAACCAGUGCAGAAAUUGCACAACAUUGGACAGAGCAAAUUUUUCAGCUUGCAUAUAAUUUAACUCUACUCAAUACUAGUACAACUAUGUUUCUGCAGAAAGCAUAUACCAAGCUUACACUUACAGCUGAUAAAUCAGGAAAAUUUCCUGUGAAGAACGUAAUAAAAAUGUUUGCGCAAAAUAAAGAAGAUCGUAAGCGUGUCGAGAAAGCACUCGAUAUUUCAGGUUUUCCAUCCGGAAAAAAUGACAUGAUAUCGUUACCAAAAUUUCAAUUUGAAGAUUUCUUCAACUUUUAUAAGUCUCUUACUCAGCGAUCGGAUGUUGAAAAAGUUUUUGAAACCCUUGUAGGCAAUAAUAAACGUAGAUUAAUGUCCGUUACUCAAUUUGUUGAAUUUUUGAACAAAACGCAAAGAGAUCCGCGUCUAAAUGAAAUAUUGUAUCCAUAUGCAAAUGAAGCUAGAGCAAAAGACAUUAUAAGUCAAUAUGAACCAAAUAAAUGUAAUGCCAGUCGGGGUCAGUUAAGUUUCGAUGGAUUUUUAAGGUAUUUGAUGAGCGAGGAUAAUCCAAUCGUUGCUUUGUCGAAACUUGAAUUGUCGGAUGAUAUGGAGCAACCGCUUGCGCAUUACUUCAUAAAUUCUAGUCACAAUACAUACUUAACAGGACAUCAACUUACCGGAAAAAGUUCCGUAGAAAUAUAUCGUCAGUGCUUACUUGCUGGUUGUCGAUGCGUGGAAUUGGACUUUUGGAAUGGAAAAUUUGAUGAACCUGUCAUUGUCCAUGGAUAUACAUUUGUACCUGAAAUUUAUGCACGGGAUGUAAUUGAAGCAAUUGCUGAAAGUGCUUUCAAAACAUCAGAAUAUCCUGUUAUUCUUAGUUUUGAAAAUCAUUGUAACCCAAGGCAGCAAGCUAAGAUAGCUCAGUAUUGUAGAGAAUUGUUUGGAGAAAUGUUGCUUGAUGCCCCUCUUGAAUCUCAUAAGCUGGAACCUGGCCAAGAGUUACCACCUCCGUCUUUGUUGAAACGUAAAAUUAUAAUAAAGAAUAAGAAGAAACAUCAUCAUCACCAUAAAAAACAUAAGAAAAAGCAACAAACACCAGUAUCAGAGGUUGAAGAAGGAGCCCAAGAAAACGAAGAUAAUGGGGUAGCAAAUGAAAGUGUUGAUGGAGAGAAUGGUCCACCGCCGGACGUUGUUCCUCAAGCCGAAGGAGGUGAUAACAAUGAUCAGCAGAUUGGAAACGGAGAUAUUUCGCAUCCUCCAAUGUUGCAACAAAGACAAGGCAGCAAAGAUAGUGCUCAAGACGACGAUGAUGAAGAAGAAGAAUCAAGUACGGAAGAAGAUGAAUCAAACGUGGAGGAUAUUAAAUUAAGGAUGGAUGACAAAGUGCCUGCACCUGAUAAAGUAGCGUCUAGCGCUAAGGAAACGGAAGCUGGGGCAGAAAUUUCAGCCUUAGUUAAUUACGUACAACCUGUUCAUUUCAAUAGUUUCGAAUCAGCUGAAAAAAAAAACCGUAUGUACGAGAUGUCGUCAUUCGACGAAAAACAAGCUACAACUCUUUUGAAGGAACGACCACUUGAAUUUGUAAAUUACAAUAAGCAUCAGCUAUCAAGAGUAUAUCCAGCAGGCACGCGUUUUGAUUCUAGUAAUUUUAUGCCUCAAGUAUUUUGGAAUGCUGGUUGUCAAUUAGUUGCAUUAAAUUAUCAAACACUUGACCUUGCAAUGCAGUUAAAUCUGGGUAUCUUUGAAUACAAUCAGCGUUGCGGUUAUCUCAUGAAACCAGAAUUCAUGAGGCGAAAGGAUCGUCGAUUAGAUCCUUUCGCAGAAUCAACUGUGGAUGGUAUCAUAGCAGGAACAGUUCACAUACAUGUAAUAUCGGCUCAGUUUUUAACAGACAAAAGAGUGGGUACUUACGUUGAAGUGGAUAUGUAUGGUUUACCAGCAGACACAGUAAGAAAGAAAUUCCGUACGAAAAUUGUUCCAAACAAUGGAAUUAAUCCUGUAUACGAUGAAGAACCUUUUGUAUUCAAAAAAGUUGUGUUACCUGAAUUAGCUUCGAUCAGAAUUGCUGCAUACGAAGAGUCAGGUCGUCUAAUAGGUCACAGGGUAUUGCCAGUAGUUGGACUAUGUCCUGGAUAUCGACACGUUGCUCUUAGAACCGAGUGUGGUCAACCAUUACCUUUAGCAAGUUUAUUCCUACAAGUUAUUGUGAAAGAUUACGUUCCAGAUGGGCUUAGCGAGCUAGCCGAGGCUUUGGCGAAUCCGAUUAAAUACCAGAGUGAAAUAGAGAAGAGAGAAAAGCAAUUGUCAGUUCUUACAGAUUGUCUGGAGGCCCCGUCAGAUGAAGUUGAUGAUAAGCCGAAAGUUGGUGAAGGAGCAAGUUCUUCUAAGCCAACUGAGGAAACUGUCAAAACGAAAAGAUUACAAUCUGUGGGUGAACUACCGACACCUAUUUCAACAUCUAGCAAUGUGCACGGUAGGCCAUCUAUUGCAACUACAAAUACGUCCGAAACGCAAGAUGCCGAUGAUGGAACUCCAGCUCCACCGGUUCAAGUUGUUGAAGCUUCUAGCAAUAAAAGUCCGAUCAAUGCCAGUGGCAUGCUCGACGAAGUAGUAGCUGAAUCGUUAGAGAAAUUAAUGGAAAAUAAGCUUGUCAGAGAGAAGAAAAUGGAAUUGGAAAAGAAAUUGGAAUCUUUACGAAAGAAACACGAGAAAGAAAAAUUAAGGGUACAAUCGCAAAAAAGUUCUCUGGACGGUGAAAAGCACAAAUCGAAGUUUUAUAUGAGCCACAAAUUAGUGAAGCGGUUGUCAAGCAGAAACAUCUUUUCUAGCGAGGUAGGAUUGAGCACGUUAGCUCUGGCCGAGACGUCAGAGUGUACGGAUUUAGAAAAUCGUGAAGGUAAUGGCGGAGCUCCAAAGGGAUUACCCAGAAGUCAGAGUGAACGUUUCUUAGCUGUGUGCAAAGCUCACGUUCAACAGGAACGCGAACUUCAGGAAAAGUAUUACGAAAGCCUAUUCACAACCGUGGAGAAAGUAAUGAAAACCUCUCAAUCUAACCAGUUGAAAACAUUAAGAGUACUAUUGGAACGAGAAACUGCCGAUGUUAUGAGGAAACUUCAAGCUACCAGGCACGGUGAGGUAAAACAGUUGGCAAAAGUACAUAAAGACAAAGCGGAACUGGAUCGUAUGAAACGAGAAGUGGCUAAGUCGACUGUUGAAAAGGGUGUGAACGAGUGUACUCGAUUGACGAAAAUUUAUGAGAAAAGAAGGGCAGAACUGGAACGACAGCACGAAGAAGUUCGGCAAAGACUCGAAGAAGAAAGGGCUAAAGUAAAAGCUACCCUAAUGGCGGAGUACAGUAGUCGUUGUAGUAAAUUCGAAAGCGGAGAGCUGCCUUUAUCUCCAUCCGGCGGAACCAGUAUGCCGGAAUCACUUAGCGGGAAUAUGUAUUGACUGAAACGAUAGAUGGUAUCUUGGUUUUAACCUGACACGGUUUGGAAAUUUUCCAAACCUAUGGUAAUUUUGCCGAAAGUGUAAUCCGGUUCAGGAAGACAACAACGGAUUUUACUUCUCCGAAGGAUAAAAAAAUCAUGGCGUAUACUGUAUCGAGAACGGUAGGGAAUUCGUGAAAUCUACGCAGUUACCUGUGUUUUGCUAAAAUAAUUUUAUCCACUUCUGAGAAAGUCUUUUUUGCAACGUGUACAGCAUUUAAGAGGGAGUGUACGAUUUCGACGAACAGAACACUGUGAAAUUUCAAGCAAAUUGUUCUGGAAUGGUUCGUUUACGAAGUCUCGCGUACAAAGAAUUUCUUUUUUUUUCUUGACGUUUGAGAUUUUAUCAUGUAUAGGCUCGUUCGAAAGGUUCGAUAUCGAUCAGCCCGUUAAAAGACGAUUUUCCAUUUUGUUCGAAAAAUCUUUGAUUUCAUUUUGUUUUUUGAAAGAUCAGCAACGAGCGUCGAUUGAUCUUCCAAUCGAUGCCACUUUGAUCUCAACGCGAAUAAGUAUCAUUGACCGUUGUGUUCGACAAUAUAAAGAAGCGAAUUCUAUGUUUUCUUCUUCGAUUCGAUAUUUUACUUACGCACAGUAUUAAACGCACUGUUUCUCAUUAUACUCGAGACCAUCGCCGCCCAGCGUCGGGAUUACGUUCCGUUUUUCAAGUUGACGAAAUUUCCAGAGAAUGGCGCCAGAGCAAAAGAACGAGAUCACGUGAGAAGAGGUACAUGAUUCUAAAUAAGGAAUAACGUUUCUAAGUGCUACUAUUUAAUCUUGUUAUUAUAUGUAUAAGGCGUUAUUUAAUUAGAAGAGAGACCGAUGCUGAGUCGCGUUCCAAAAGUGUAAAAUCGUAGGAUCGCCAACACGAUCGGCGACAAUGAAACGAAAAGAAGAAAAGUACGUACACCAACGAGGAUGGAAUCUCUUUGGCCUAGAGGUGUAAGGGACGCGGCGAGGUUUUAAGAUUCGGAUGGGCGUAUGCGUGAUUUGAUAUAUUUUUUUGACUGAAAGUACUCCGUAUAAAGACAAUUUUUCGAGUAGCCCGUAUUGCGUACGCUAAAAAAAUGAAAGCGAACCAAAAAAAUGAAGAAGAGAUGCAAAGAAGAAAAGAGACGAGUAAAUAUUAAAAAACGAAAAAAAAAAAAAAGAAAAACGGUAACGUUUCCAGCGUUUUUGUACCGCGCGAUUUCACACUGCGGCUAUUUCACAGUCGAAGGCGAAAUUAAAAGAAAGAAAAAGAAAAAAGAAAACGUUUUGGGGCGAGCCUCUUCUAGGAAGACAAUCAAAAAUGUUACGCUGUAACAUUGUCCUUGUUGUUUCUAAUCGUACGAUAUUUUAAGUAAUUCGAUAUUACACAUACAUAUUAUAUAUAUAUACACGUAUACAUAUAAUUCUGAAUAGCUAUUACAAAGAAUUUAGGAUUAAAAGAUAACUGCGCGUUCACGCAUUGUAAAUUUCUCUCGUGUGAUCCAUCCCAUUAUAAUUAUCUCGUAUAUAAGAUCGCGAGCUUUUGCAAAAAGGAAAUGAUGAAAAAGAAAAUAAGAAACGAUCACUAUUAACACACGAUAUGUAACAUAUGUGUAUAUAUGUAUACGUGUACGCACACGAACAUACGUACAUUGACGUUUAUGCGUUUCACCAGACGCGCAAUUAGAGCGUGCUCGUUAUCGAUGCGAAAGAGAAAAGGGACACCUUUGCUAUUAUACAUACAUACGUGUGACACUUGCGUACUGGCUUAUGUUGCGUCGAGAGGUAAUCAACGGAUCAAUUCGAAAGUGUUUUCUUUACUAUGCGACUGGGAUGAUGGUAGUAAUGGAAAUAGCGAUGUCAGUGGGCUGGCGGUGGCAAAAUUGAUAAGCUCCCUAUUUACCAUGAAUUUCUCCCUUAUUAUGUGAUUGAAAAUACCGAUUCGAUAAGAGGAAUCAUGGAAAUAGGGAUGAUUGUGGAAUAGGAGUGUGGUAAUUGAUAAAAUAGUCAACUACGAACGCAAAGAAUCUCAGGAUGGAUUUCUGAGCACCGAGUCCUUAUUUUCUAUAGAUUUUUCCAUUAUAUUAUGGCGUUUACGAGUGUCGCGAGUAUUCCGCCUGGGCUGGUCCACGGGUUCGAGCAUACGACGAGCUGGGCGCGGUAGUAAUUUCCUGGCAUUUAGGCUCGUUCCGUUUCAAACCGUUUUCGUCGUGUAAAACGUUAAACGAUCGCGGGUUCAGGCUGAAACGUUCGCCUUGUUGCGCAGUUAUACCUUAUCUUACGCUCGUUUCUGGAAUUUUUCUUUUCUCUUCUCGGAGAAGUUACGUUGCUGUAGAAAUUCUCUACGAGACCCUGUUACGAUGUUGUUUUACGAGUCAUCAGUGCAACAGGCGAUAUCGGUUGUAGUUUAUUCCGUCUCCCAGACACAGAAUUCUUUUCUUAAUAGCUACGCAAACGGUUUUUCUUAACGCUUCUGUAGCAACCCGUUUCUCUAUUUCCACCUAACAAUUUUUUAUGUGUUUCGUGACAAGUAUUUCAAAACCGUUCAGGAUUUAACCCACCGGUUAAAUCUUUUUCAACGUAUAGAGAUUAAUUGCAAUAUUAUUUUUAUGAUAGAUGAAAUAUUUGACAUCAACAGAAGAGAAAAAAAAAAAAGAUAUGUUGAACGUCUUAUUGGUAUUAUUGUUUAUAUAAUAACAGUAUUUAAUUUCGCACAAAAUAACGUCGUACGUCGAUAAACCCUGCGAUUUACGUAGAGGGAACGCGAUAACGAUUUGAAAGAUCGAGUGAUCCUAUUGAAGCUGUGAGUUGUUGUCAAUAAUUGUUUAAUUUUAAGCGCAAGGAACACUGCAUUUUAAGUUGAAAGAAGGGUAUCCUAUCGUUAAAUGAGAAGGACGUAUUAUAGCAGUGGCGAAUUUAGGCUGUAUAUCAAAAAUUUCUUAACAUUUUCAGUUACGAACGUUAGAUUAUCUAUUAUAAGACUCCAAAGGCAAAAUUCGCCACUGUGUAUUAGUGUAUUAGCUCAACCCUUGUGUUAAUAACCCCAGCUACCCAAAGUUGGGUCUGAGGGGUUAGCGUAAGGAUUGAAAGAAAAAAUGAAAAAAAAAAAAAAAAAAAAAAAAAAAAAAAAAAUUCCGCCAAGGUGUAGUUUUAAGCGUCCAUCCGGAUGAAACGAUCGUACACGAUGAGUUACCAAUAUUCCUUAUUUUUAUUCGCGCCGAUCGCGAUCAGAUUUUCGCUGCGAAGCUUACCAUCUUCCAUUCUGCUGAAGGGAAAAAGGAAUGAUGUCGCAAGUCGCGGUGGACUCGAUUGAUGAGAACAUUUUAACCAAGAGGGAAAAAGCACAGUGAUAAUCUAUUAAAAGAUGAGAUAAACGUAAGUGUAAGCGCGAGCGGGUAUAUUUAAAUUAAGUAGCGAUAGUCGAUGGAAGGAACUACCUUUAGCGUACAAACGCGAGGGAAAUCAAUAGUACCAUUUAUGCUAAGUCGUACAAGAUUAUCGGAAGUUUAUAUAUACACAUACACACACACACACACACACACACAUACACAAUCUCUUUAUCUAUAUAUAUAUAUACAUGUAUAUCGUAACCUUCGUAUACAGAUUAUACGUGUGUCGAUGUUUUCUCCGAUCGUUUAAAACAUCACGACGAUGCAUCGCUCACGUUUGCGACAUCUCCGGAAUGUUUGCCGCGAGCGUGGAACGUUUAUAAAAUAUGCAACAGGCGAUACGUGGUUGUGAAUUCUUUUUCAAACGCUUGUCGUCGAGAUGCGAAAUGUUUCGCGAACGAUCGAACUGAGAGGAAUUGUUGAAAAAAAAAAAAAAAAAAAAA